AUGGCGAAAUACUAUUUGUUUAUGUUGUGUUUAUUAUAUGCAAUGCAUGGGACUGUUCCAUGGAUGACAGUGACACCCCUGUGUCCACCUUCUCCUGCACGAUGUCGUUACGAUGCUUCAGUUAUUGACGAACAUUUUUACUAUGUUGAAGACCAGAAAUUUAAAAUAGUUUACGCAGAAAAAUACUUGAGUGUGAUUUGUACGGAGAACGUAACACUAGAAAGUGCUUCCUUACCACGGUUCGACCGUAUGGUGCGAGUGGAGCGUGUGGAACUGACCGAGUGCGCGCCGCCCGCCGGCUCGUACGCGCAAGCGCUGUCUCGUCUGAAUGUCACCGCGCUCGACCUGCUCGUGCUGGCGCGUCCGCGCGGUACCUUACAACCGCAUCAUUUCGCCGCUCUCAACGUGUCCGCCCUCUUCAUCCGCGGUUCGGAACCGGUACAGCUCGAGCGCGGCACGCUCGGGUCUCUGUCCGCGCUGCUCGACUUGCGGCUGGAGCGCGUCUCGCUCACCGACAGCGACGUCAUGGAGAUGCCGCUGGGGCUGCGCCGGCUCAGCAUCUCCGCCUGCAACGUGAGCUUGCCGGCGCCUGCGCUCGCCAGGCUGCAGGAGCUGGUGCACGUGGUCGUGCGAGAACCUCGACUGCACCAGGCUCCAGAUCUUCGUGGUGUUGUAUCUCUGCGGGAUGUUGUAUUCGUGGCGCCGCUGGACGCAGUGCCGAUGUCGGCGAGCCUGGAGAACGUCACCGUGUGGUCGGCGCAGCGCCUGGAAUUGAAUGGCGGGUGCGAAGCGCUGACGCGACUGCGCGUGGGCGGCGGUGGGGGGCAGCGGCAGUGGCAGGAGGAGGUGGUGCUGGCGGCGGGCUGGCUGGCGGGCUGCGCGCGCCUGCGCGAGCUGGAGCUGCAGCAGCUGCGCCUGGCCGCGCUGCCCGCCGCGCUGCUGCACGCCGCGCGCGCCCUGCGCCGCCUGGUGCUGCGCGCCUGCCAGCUCGCCGACCUGCCGCCAGACCUGCUCGCAGAGUCGCGUGACCUACGUGUGCUCGACUUAUCCAACAACAAACUCGAGGCACUCCCGCACGGGCUGUUCGCGGCGGUGCGCGCGCUGGAGCGGCUGGAGCUGGCGGGCAACCGGCUGGCGCGCGCCGGCGCCGCGCCCGCGCUCGCGCUGCGCUCGCUGCGCCGCCUCACGCUCUCGCGCAACCCGCUCGCCGACCUGUGCCACGCCGCCACACCACUCCACACCAACGCGCUGUCUGAGGUGUGGCAGAUGCGGCAGCUGCGGGAGCUGCGGCUGGCGAGCACCAACGCGACGCGCAUCUGUGCGGACUGGCGGCGCGAGCUGCGCGCGCUCGAGCUGCUGGACCUGCAGCACAACCGCAUCGAGCACUUGCACGCCGAUGACCUGCAGUGGGAGCGUACGCAGCCGUCGCGCGUGUUGCUACGCGGCAACGCGGUGCGCACACUCUCGCUCUCGCGCGAGGACUACGAGCAGGCUCUCGCACAGCCGCCGCCCCUACACGUCAGUAUACACUAUACAGUACACACGCUUACUCAAUGCACAACGCGGUGCGCACGCUCUCGCUCUCGCGCGAGGACUUCGAGCAGGCUCUCGCACAGCCGCCGCCCCUACACGUCAGUAUACAAUAUACAGUACACACGCUUACUCAAUGCACAACGCGGUGCGCACGCUCUCGCUCUCGCGCGAGGACUACUAGCAGGCUCUCGCACAGCCGCCGCCCCUACACGUCAGUAUACAAUAUACAGUACACACGCUUACUCAAUGCACAACGCGGUGCGCACGCUCUCGCUCUCGCGCGAGGACUUCGAGCAGGCUCUCGCACAGCCGCCGCCCCUACACGUCAGUAUACAAUAUACAGUACACACGCUUACUCAAUGCACAACGCGGUGCGCACGCUCUCGCUCUCGCGCGAGGACUACUAGCAGGCUCUCGCACAGCCGCCGCCCCUACACGUCAGUAUACAAUAUACAGUACACACGCUUACUCAAUGCACAACGCGGUGCGCACGCUCUCGCUCUCGCGCGAGGACUUCGAGCAGGCUCUCGCACAGCCGCCGCCCCUACACGUCAGUAUACAAUAUACAGUACACACGCUUACUCAAUGCACAACGCGGUGCGCACGCUCUCGCUCUCGCGCGAGGACUACAAGCAGGCUCUCGCACAGCCGCCGCCCCUACACGUCAGUAUACAAUAUACAGUACACACGCUUACUCAAUGCACAACGCGGUGCGCACGCUCUCGCUCUCGCGCGAGGACUUCGAGCAGGCUCUCGCACAGCCGUCGCCCCUACACGUCAGUAUACAAUAUACAGUACACACGCUUACUCAAUGCACAACGCGGUGCGCACGCUCUCGCUCUCGCGCGAGGACUUCGAGCAGGCUCUCGCACAGCCGUCGCCCCUACACGUCAGUAUACAAUAUACAGUACACACGCUUACUCAAUGCACAACGCGGUGCGCACGCUCUCGCUCUCGCGCGAGGACUUCGAGCAGGCUCUCGCACAGCCGUCGCCCCUACACGUCAGUAUACAAUAUACAGUACACACGCUUACUCAAUGCACAACGCGGUGCGCACGCUCUCGCUCUCGCGCGAGGACUUCGAGCAGGCUCUCGCACAGCCGUCGCCCCUACACGUCAGUAUACAAUAUACAGUACACACGCUUACUCAAUGCACAACGCGGUGCGCACGCUCUCGCUCUCGCGCGAGGACUUCGAGCAGGCUCUCGCACAGCCGUCGCCCCUACACGUCAGUAUACAAUAUACAGUACACACGCUUACUCAAUGCACAACGCGGUGCGCACGCUCUCGCUCUCGCGCGAGGACUUCGAGCAGGCUCUCGCACAGCCGCCGCCCCUACACGUCAGUAUACAGUACAGUGUUGAAGCGCCUGUCAAAUUAUAUUAG